GAAUCGGGAAGCUGAGUUGCAUCAAGAUCCCUGACAAGAGGAUGGAUAACAGAGAUUGAGGACCAGACGGCCCCGCAGUGCCAAAAUUCUUGCCCCGCAUACAUAAUGGACAGUCGCUUAUUGACAGUUGGAGCCUCUUCAUCAACGGUUCCAUUCAUUCUUUAGGCAUUCGCUCUUUCUUGCCUUGAAGGCAUUUUCAUUCUUUUCUCGGCCGAGCCACCCGUUCUUUUCAUACCCUCAUGGUCAAGAUGACCCGGUCACUCUUUCUUUCUUCCGCUCUGCUGGCACUAAGAGCCGCGGCCCAAGUUGCUUCCCCAUACACUGACGAGAAGAGCGGCAUCACCUUCAAUGGAUACAUGGACUCGACUGGAUACCGCAUGGGCAUUUCUCUGCCCGAGGACCCAACUACGGACCUCAUCGCACAGAUUGUCGUACCGGUUUCUAACGAUGGAGGAUGGGGCGGGUUUGCUUUGGGAUCCACCAUGGUUGGCAGUCUUCUGAUUGUAGCAUGGCCCCAUGAGGAUAAGAUUGUGUCGUCUUUCCGAAAGGCUACUGGCUAUACUUCUCCUUCCGCCACCAAUGGCAGCUUCACUAUGACGACUAUUCCCGAUGGCACCUACGUCAACGACACCGCCUUCUCGUACACCUUCCUUUGCUCGAGCUGUAUUGGGGACGAUGCGCUCGUUCUCUCAGACACCGCGAAUGUCUUUGGAUGGGCAUACUCGGAUGACGCACUCACUGACCCCACGUCGGCUUCGUCGGCCUUAACAUAUCAUUCUGCAGGCUUCGCGCUUUUUGGAUUCACUGUCGACGACGCAAAGAGCGCCAACUUUGAUACCUGGGCCGCACUGGCCACUGGAGGUUCUGGAAACUCAACAACCCCUGGUGGCAACACUACCACCCCCGGUACCGGCGGUGGGUCUACAAACGGUACUACGGGUAGCAACACUACUGCCUCGGUUUCCAAUUCGACUUAUGACUGCAUCGUCGCUGGCGCUGGUGCUGCUGGCAUUGUCGUUGCGGAAAGGCUUGCAGAGAGUGGCGCUUCGGUACUCCUACUUGAGCGUGGUGGACCUUCCUUAGGAGCUACAGGCAACAACGGAACCCUCUCAUGGAACAGCUCCACGACAAUCUAUGAUGUUCCAGGGCUGGACUACUACCUCAGCCAGGCUGGUAAUCCUGCUUUCUGUACUGAUACUGCAGAUCAAGCUGGAUGCCUUCUCGGUGGAGGUACCGUAGUCAAUGCAAUGAUGUUCGUCAAGCCCCAGUCGCGCGACUUUGAUGACAAAUGGCCGGAAGGCUGGAAGUGGUCGGACGUCGCUGAAGCCGCCGAUCGCGUCUACGAACGAAACCCAGGCCAAACGUACGGCUCAGAAGAUGGUCUCCGCUACAACAAUGAGGCAUACAACGUACUUUCAGAAUUUCUCGCCGCAAAUGGCUGGACAGACACUGACUUCAUUGACGGAAACCACAAUGCUAGGGUCGAUGCUUACGGCUACCCGCCCUGGAAUCUCGCCAACGGUCUACGCUCUGGUGUCGUGCACACAUACCUCCCGGUUGCUCAGACUCUCCCCAACUUCAAGCUCAUGCUCAACACCAAGGUCAUCCGCGCUGUUCGCAAUGGCUCAGCCGUCACUGGUAUUGAGACGGAAUCGAGCACUGGCGCUCGCGUGAUCUACAACGUUAACGCAGGAGGCAGCGUCAUUCUUUCAUCAGGAACUAUGUCCACUCCGCGUAUCCUCUUCAACUCGGGUAUUGGUCCGUCCGAACAGCUGCAGACCGUCGCCUCAGGCACAAGCGGCGUCACUCUUCCCGCAGAAAUCGACUGGAUCGAUCUCCCCGUUGGUACCGAGAUCAAGGACCACGUCAUCUUCACAUUGAAAUUCAAUACCUCUGUGCCUUUGUACUCACCCCCUACCAGCGACAUCGUCUCUCCCAACCAGACCACUAUCGACCUCUUCGCCAAGGGCAAUGGCGUCCUUGCGCAGUCAGGCCAGCGAUUGAGCUUCUGGACCGCCGUCAACACCACUAGCGGGAAAGAAAUGUUCAUUCAAGGAACCUGCAACGGCCCUGCGAACGACACCAUCCAGAUGAAGAUAUACCUCUCGCAUGGUCUUACCUCGGUUGGCAGUCUAGGAAUCACUGCCGACGGCGCUACCGAACUUACCUCGACGCCCUGGCUCCAGACUGAUGAAGACAUUGAAGCCGCAUCCCUGUUCAUGCAGCGUCUGCUCGACAUGACUCGCACACCGAACUCCACGCUCACGUUCCGCUCUGCUGGUACUGUUACAACGGCCACUAGCAACAUGACCGGCGCCGACCUCGUUAAAUCCGUCAUCGCGAACAAGGAAUACACGACCGGUGUCCACUACGUUGGAACGGCGAAGAUGGGUACCAGGGGCGACUCAGGCGUCGUAGUUGACACAGACACCAAGGUCUACGGGACCGACAAUCUGUUCGUGGUUGACGGAUCCAUGCAUCCAGACCUGCCUACUGGGAACACCCAAGCUAUCAUUAUGAUUGCUGCCGAGGCCGCCGCAGCUCGCAUUCUGGCUUUGAAUAGCGUCUCUCCAUCCGAGACUCCGGGUCCUGCCCAGCCUUCGCAAAACGCUGGACAACUAGGCGACAAUCACCCUUGGUGGCAGCGCCCAAACGGUAAGGGUAACGGCCGCGGCAAGCCAUCGCCCACUACGCUCUCAACGCAGAUCCCCGCGCCUACUCCCACACCUGCAAAGGCUGGACACCAGCCCGGCCACUACGCGAAGAGGCAGCUUUCUGGACGGAUUCCCGUCAGCCCAGAUGUCUUAGAAGAUGAGGAAGUGCUCGAGGAGAGGAGCCGCAUGGAGAGGGCAAGCUUCCUCGACUCGUACGAUUACUAA